AUGGAGGCCGGCGGCCACAACGUCGUGCCUGAAUGGACGUGUCCGGCUAUGCGAGUCAAUGGCUUGGUGGUGUUCUUUGUGGCCAUCGUCGCUCUGCACCUCAUCGUAUAUUCGGCCUGCCUCGCUAGCUCGCACGCCUGGCACAAUCCGAACGUCGGGCUGAUUGUUGGCCUUGUGGUGACGAUUGCCGGCGUGCCUGUGGUCUUGCUUACGCUACUGAUCGUCAGUGCUGUGUGCACCCGCAGAUUUGGCGAUGUCAUGGCCAUCUCGGGCAUGUCGGUCGCGGUGAUCUCGACCACGCUCGGUGUUGCCACCAUUGUCGGAUGCAUCUAUCUGGCGGUGGUGGCUGAGAUCGAUUCGUCGGACUCGUACUACACUGGGCCUGUCCCGUCGCAGAGCUCGGUCCAGCUCGAGGCGCUGCGCGGCAAGACCUUUGCCGACUUUACCGGCGGCCACGAGUUCCAUCUGGAUGCGGUGGGCGAGCGGUUCAGCUCGUCGAAGAAGUCCAAGAGCUCAAAGCAAAAGGCAGCGCAGAUCGCAGUGCCUGUGACUGCGGUGGGGAGCAGGGAAGUCUCGGUCUUUGCUUGCUCGUGCCGGACGACUGCGAUCGGGUGUCGCAUCUUUCCGUCGGUGGACUACGCACGUGAGUCACUGUGGUACGAUCCGGGACGGAGCCAGGCGGCCGUCAUUCACUCGAAGCUCUACAGCAAGUUCUGCCGCGGCGCGGUCGCCGACUCGAUCACCCACUUUGCGGACGCUAACUUGCAGCUCGGCGUACCGGCCGACUCUGUGGUCAUUGUCGAGUGGGCCGACCUUCCUGCGGCUCGACAGUACGCCCUCAACGUAAGCAUCGGCACACUUGUCGGCCUUGGCUUGCCUGGCCUCAUCGGCAUCGUUCUCAUGUACAAGAUGCUGCGGUGCAUGGACGUCUUUUGA